UGGCUUUAGCAAAGAGGUAUUAUUUAACCAGUUUUUUUUAAAAAUAAUGGUAACAUUUUGGCAGCUAUUUUAUUACCUUCUGUUGUAUUGCAUUGAACAUAAUUUUUUAAUGCCGAGAUGCUGUCACCCACUGGUAAGGUGGUCUUGCACAUGCUGUUUACAGAAUGCAUUGAUGGCCCCUUUUACUGUAUAA